UAUCUAUCUGUGUGUUUUGUGCGUGUUCCUGUGUCUAUCUCUAUGUACUCCUAUCCUUAUUGCUAUCUAUCUAUCUAUCUAUCUAUCUAUCUAUCUAUCUAUCUAUCUAUCUGUGUGUUUUGUGCGUGUUCCUGUGUCUAUCUCUAUGUACUCCUAUCCUUAUUGCUAUCUAUCUAUCUAUCUAUCUAUCUAUCUAUCUAUCUAUCUAUCUAUCUAUCUAUCUAUCUAUCUAUCUAUCUAUCUGUCCGUAUGUAUGUUUAUCUAUCUAUCUAUCUAUCUAUCUAUCUAUCUAUCUGUGUGUUUUGUGCGUGUUCCUGUGUCUAUCUCUAUGUACUCCUAUCCUUAUUAUCUAUCUAUCUAUCUAUCUAUCUAUCUAUCUAUCUAUCUAUCUGUGUGUUUUGUGCGUGUUCCUGUGUCUAUCUCUAUGUACUCCUAUCCUUAUUGCUAUCUAUCUAUCUAUCUAUCUAUCUAUCUAUCUAUCUAUCUAUCUAUCUAUCUGUGUGUUUUGUGCGUGUUCCUGUGUCUAUCUCUAUGUACUCCCAUCCUUAUUGCUAUCUAUCUAUCUAUCUAUCUAUCUAUCUAUCUAUCUAUCUGUGUGUUUUGUUGUGUUCCUGUGUCUAUCUCUAUGUACUCCUAUCCUUAUUGCUAUCUAUCUAUCUAUCUAUCUAUCUAUCUAUCUAUCUAUCUAUCUAUCUAUCUAUCUGUGUUCUGUUCAUUAUCUAUCUAUCUAUCUAUCUAUCUAUCUAUCUAUCUAUCUAUCUAUCUAUCUAUCUAUCUAUCUAUCUAUCUUAGUCUGUUCAUUAUCUAUCUAUCUAUCUAUCUAUCUAUCUAUCUAUCUUAGUCUGUUCAUUAUCUAUCUAUCUAUCUAUCUAUCUAUCUAUCUAUCUAUCUAUCUAUCUAUCUGUGUGUUUUGUGCCUGUUCCUGUGUCUACCUCUAUGUACUCCUAUCCUUAUUGCUAUCUAUCUAUCUAUCUAUCUAUCUAUCUAUCUAUCUAUCUAUCUAUCUAUCUAUCUAUCUGUGUGUUUUGUGCGUGUUCCUGUGUCUAUCUGUAUGUACUCCUAUCCUUAUUGCUAUCUAUCUAUCUAUCUAUCUAUCUAUCUAUCUAUCUAUCUAUCUAUCUAUCUAUCUAUCUAUCUUAGUCUGUUCAUUAUCUAUCUAUCUAUCUAUCUAUCUAUCUAUCUAUCUAUCUAUCUUAGUCUGUUCAUUAUCUAUCUAUCUAUCUAUCUAUCUAUCUAUCUAUCUAUCUAUCUAUCUAUCUAUCUGUGUGUCUAUGUGUUUAUGUUUAUAUAGCCAGCCUUUUUAA